AUGAAUAAGGCUCCCGGCUUGCCAUACAGGAACACGCAGGAUUUUGAUAGAUACAAAGCACGUCCACGAACACCGUCGAUCUCGUCAUCGACUACUCGAGCUCAGAGUCCUUUGCGCCCCGGCUUCGCGAAAGAAUUCGACUCUGCGACCGUAGGCUUGGAUUUCGACGAAGGCAUCUCGCAAACCAAUGGUCAGCAACGUAUAGUCAUUGCUAUUGACUACGGAACCACUUUCUCUGGUAUUGGCUAUGCGAUUCCCGAUGGAGACCACGCCGAGCUCUCUGACAUUUCCAUAAUCAAAAAUUGGGGGUUUGGCAUGUUGAACUGCGGCGCCAAAAUUCCAAGUGUGAUAUCGUACUCUCCGCAACUCUCAGAAGACGACCUACAAUUUGGCACAAGUCUAAGUAAGGGCGCGGUGGCAAUGGUCAAUACCAAGUUGGAGCUGGAUGUUCAAGACAGUCGCUUGGAUGAAUUAGAUCUCAUUGUGCAAGUGCUGGACGGCAUGAAGAACCUGAGCUUCGAACAUAUCAAGCGCAGUAAAGGAUACCCAAAUUACACUUGGAAACAACCCGAGGAGAUUGUCUCAGACUAUCUCUCCAAGAUGUUUCAGAGCUUCGAGAGAGCCACGGAGUAUAUAGAUGAGUUGAAGGCUACCCUUCCAGUGGAUAUUGUUCUCACUGUCCCGGUGAAAUGGUCCUUCCGGGCAAGGAAUUCGACGCUCAGAGCAGUUAGGAAAGCCGGAUUCAACAACACGACGUUUCCACAUCUCAACAGGUAUAUCAUGGCGACAGAGCCCGAGGUGGCUGCCUUGUACACGGCACGGUACUUCACGCUGAAUGAGGCGGAGACCAUGAGGAAGAAUGAUUGUUUUGUGCUCUGCGACGCUGGAGGUGGGACCGUCGAUGUCGUCUCCUAUAAAGUCAAGCAAGUUCACCCUACGCUGCAGUUGCAAAUCAUGACUAUACCCACAGGUGCGAAGUGUGGCUCGAGCUUCAUAAACAAGAAGUUCAAAGACUGGCUUCGCCGUAUAUUGGGGGCGAGGAACUACAGCAUCUUGGAUCCGAAGGGAGAAAGCCAGAUGAUCAGCGCGCAUGCCAUGGAGGGAGAAGAGAUGAGGGCUGUGAUGAAAGAUUUUGAAGACCACAAGAAGGCGUUUACGCAACAGUCUGGCGACAUGCAUUUCGAUCUCCCUCCUCCCUUCCAGGACAAGCUAAACAUCCCCGGUAAAGUGGAUCGUGGCGAACUCACCAUCACCAAUGCUGACAUGCGCUCCUUCUUUGAUGAAUCAGUCGAUGAGACCAUUGAAUUAAUUCAGGGUCAAAUACAACAAGUCGAAUCUAAGAAUAGCCGGAUCAAGACAAUCUACUUAACCGGCGGUUAUGCUGAAUCGAAGUACCUCCAAGAGGAGCUGGCGUACUCGUUGCGCUUGCGUAACGUCAAGCUACGAAGACCUGAAACGUCGUGGUCAGCCGUCAUCCAAGGUGCCGUACUUCACGGAAUUGAAGUGGAUAGUUACCAAAACCCUUCAAUUAUGGUGCCAUGCCCGCGGAGCUAUGGCAUCAAGGUCAACUCUCCAUUCUCCAAAAAACUCCAUGACGGAAAAGGGAUAUACACCGACCCGCUAACCGGCCAAGUCAUGGCGAGCCAGCGAUUGAAUUGGCUUGUCCAUAAAGGCGACCUCCUCAUGGCCAACGAAACGCGGGAGAUUGAGACGGAGCUAGUAGGAGUCUUCCGGGCGAACGAUAGCCGAUGCUUUCCUGUGUCUGUUUUGGAAUACCUUGAUGACGAUGUGCCCAACCGGUAUCAGACUGCUCAUGAAGAACUUGUCGAGGUCAUGAGGCUGAAGGCUGACUUCACGCGUUCUCCACUGGAGAGAUUCGGGAGGAAGGAGAAUGUCGCUUCUGGCGUGGUGUAUUACGAAGCCAAUUUCACCAGUAAGCUGAGAUUGGAGGGUAUGUCAAUCAUUGGGGAGGUCUGGUGGUAUGACCAAUUAAUUGAUACUAAGAGAAUCGACAACAUCGAUAAGAUUUCUAGUGUGUAA